AUGAUGUCUAUCACGGCGGUACAGAAAAAAAGCUCAACACGGCUUCUUCGAAAUGACAGGUCGAUGAGUCGUAGACUUGUUUGUAUGAUCCGACAGUCUUCACUCCUUUCCGCAGCAAUCCUCCCUCCGUUUUUGGUGAGACCAAUUGACAAAUUCCUUCAAAUCCACUUUCUCUGCGGAACGAAAAGUGGAGUCACACUAACUCGUAGAGGGAUUCUCCGGAACCCAGCUAUUCUUGAUACAUACAAAGAGGAGAUCACAUCGAAAGGAAUGGGAAAGAAGCCCUCACCGUAUGACCUGAGGCGGAUCGACGGUGUCCUCGCUUCCUGCGGGCCACCAGGAGGUGGACACAAGGAACACCUGAAGCUCCCGGUUGCUGAGGGCCCCUCUCCUCCCCUGCACUGGCAGCUGUGCCUCCUGACGUCGACAUGGUACGCUUGA